AUGUCAGACACUCCUUCGAACGCAGAUCCACUUCAAUCAUCUGUUUCAGCAGAUUUCAGCAAUGUACCAACACAAGCUCUUGAUGCACUACGAAUGAAGUUAUCGCAACUCACUGCUUCAUUGGCCAAAAUACGAGAUGAAAUGUCAAAAGCUGAACUUCCGCAAUGGUACUCACUACAGGCACAAUUGAUGGUCACGCUUACGCAACUCUCAUCUCUAACAAAUACUCUCGAUCAUUAUGAAGAAACUUUAGAUUCGACAGUAGCAUAUCCAUUGCCUUCUUUCCCCACAACAGCACAUGAAGGUUUAAUCACGACUUUGAUGAGGAAAAAAAAUAUUCCUGAGGUAGAUGAAUGGAUAAAAGAUGCUAGAGAGACCAAUGGAAUUGAUGUCGAAAACCUCUCUGAUGAGGAAAUCAAAAAACUCAUCAACAAAGAUAAGGACAUCACAACUUGGGCUACCAAGUGCAUAAUAGAUGAAAGGUCGAAGCACUCGUAUAAUGGUCUUCACUCUGCAAAAGAGUUAAAAGAACUUUCGAUGGAUGAAAGCAGUAACAUCUAUCCAUCUUCGGUGUCGACUGUAAAGACUUCAAGGCCAUUUAGUGUGGACAAAUUAUUGAAAUUUGUCCAUCAAGGCGAAAUAUAA